AUGAAUCAGCACCGACCGCUUGCUAACCACCGACUAAACCGACUGUCUCUCGUCCGUUGCACCGCACUCGUGUCCGCAGCACGCGGAAGAACGAACACGACGACGACGACGACGGAUUUGCCCGAAGACGAUAGUGUUGUCGGCUUUGCAGAAUCUGAUCUCGCAAACCCACCGUCAGUGUUGUCGCGGAACGUCGCCAACGGUGGACGUGUCUGCGUUGGGAGCGUUCGGGAAAUCCUCCAACUUACGUGCUGGCCGAAGAAGCCCACCCGGUUGAGGAUCUGGAUGCCGAUGCGUGCCGCGAGCUCCUGUCCGGCGCUCAGAGCAAACUUUCGUCGGCCUCUACUGAUGUGGAACGCGCCGAGGCUGAAUUGCCGUUGAAGUGGCCAAGGCUCUCGUCAAGGCUGCCGAAUAAGGUGCGAGCAAAACACCAACCUGCC